AUGUCGUCAUUAUUGAAAAAAUCGCAGCCGCCUCCGACGUCUUCGAUCACAAGAAACCUUUCUGACGACCAUCCAGAUUCUGAAGAAACAGCGAAAAUGUGCGACGACGACGUGGCAGCCCUCGUGGUCGACAAUGGCUCCGGCAUGUGCAAGGUAUGAGGCAGAAGAAAUAGCCGAGUCGCGUGGUCUUGCGACUCGGCUGUCAGAUGGCUUAGAGCCAUUUUUGCAAACUGUUCUCUUAGCCGAGUCGCAUUAACGGUUACUGCGACUCAACUAAUCAUAGUUAAGCUUGAGAACUCUUAGCCGCGUCGCAAAACGGUUAGCUGCGACUCGGCUACCGUAACUAUUCACAAGCUCAUCUCAACUGUUUCAGGCCGGCUUCGCUGGAGACGAUGCUCCACGAGCUGUCUUCCCGUCGAUCGUCGGCCGCCCACGUCAUCAGGGUGUGAUGGUCGGCAUGGGUCAGAAGGACUCGUACGUCGGCGACGAGGCGCAGUCCAAACGAGGUAUCCGAUAAGAUAAAACUUUACAAGAUGGUCUUUUCCAGGUAUCCUCACGCUCAAGUACCCCAUUGAGCAUGGCAUCGUGACAAACUGGGACGAUAUGGAGAAGAUCUGGCACCAUACCUUCUACAAUGAGCUUCGCGUGGCGCCCUGA